GUGUGCUUUGACUUCUAGAUUGGCUUUCCUACAAUCUAUUGUAUGCGUAAAACCAAGAUUUCUUAGCCUUGCUUCGCGUCUAAACUCCCCUCUGUUUCGUGCACCUACCUGCGCUGCAAUUUAUUGUGUAUGAUGCAGCUGUUUGAGAAACCCGGUGCACCAGCGAACCUGUGAUUCGGCGAUUGGGCCACCUCACAGCCAAUUGACGUGGCACUGGCUUCUUUUCGCUGUUGGUCAAUCCUCACCUCCUGGAUCCCCUUCGUUGCUCUUGGGUCGUUACACUACAGCUUCCGCGCUGCGAAAAUGACUGGCGGAGAUGAAACCUUACGGGUACUGGCUCGCACGAGCUUCUGAAGAACAGAAACGUCUCCUUGAACGGCAUCACGUGUGGACCAAGAGCAUUGGAUACCUUCUACAUCCCACAGUCCGCAACGCUCUCCCAGAAGAUGCUCGAAUAGCAGAUAUCGGAACUGGAACCGGCAUCUGGCUGGCAGAGAUAGCCAAGAAUUUGCCCUCUACCUACUAAUUCAAUG